AUGGCCAUCCUCGACUUCAGCAAAGACUCGGACAAGUCCAUCGCAAUCCACUUUCAUACCAAGGAGCUCGGCCCUGAGGGACAACCCCUGUACUACCACACCCCAGAGAACCCAGCUGUCAUCAAGGGACACGUCGAGUUCCGCACUGUCAAGGAGACCAAGGGAGGCGACAUUGAUUUUACGUUUGAGGCGCGAGUACAAGCUAAGUGGACAGAGCAUCACGGAAAGACGACCGUCUCGUUCAACAACCUCAAGCGACUUCAGGAAAAGUCAUGGGAAAUCAAGCUGAACCGCACCAACCCAAAGACAAUUGCUCCAGGAGUCACCCGCUUCGAUUUUGAAGUCCAGCUCGAACCUGGUCUUCCAUCGUCCAUCGAGGGCACUCGCGGCUGGUUCCAUUACCGCUUCAAAGCCCAUAUCAAGCGCAGUUUCCCUCAUCGCGACAUGGCGGCAAAGGAGUUGGUCUGGGUUUACAGCUCCAGUCUCCACGCUAACGAAAGACACGAGCCCAAGAUCUACAAAAGUCUUUGGAACGAUGUCUUGCCUGUCACCUGUACGCUCCCAUCGGAUAUUUUCUACCAGGGUCAAAUUGUGCCAUUGACCGUCCAGUUUGAGCCCUUCUUGGACAACAGCAUCCAUCGCGGUCAGGAAUUGAUUGUCAUCAGCGCAUUUAUCAAGAUGAAGCAGUACACCAAACUGACGGACCCCAAGAUGUUGGGCAAAGUGAGAAACGACAAAAAGACUGUAUUUUCCUUGCCCGUCACAAAGGACUGGCCCCAGACUAACCAAGGAUUCACCAAGACCAUUAUGGUCGAGCUUCCUGGUGCCAAGCAGCUGGCGGCUGCUAUUGAGAGUGGACCUGUUACCAAGAGACACACCUUGAAGCUGAUCAUGAUGGUGCGUACCAACAUGAAUGCAGAGAAGGAAGCCAAAGAGCUUCGCGUCGAGAUGGAUGUCAAGAUCACGGCUCCGCGACCAGAGCACAUCAGGGACAUGACCCCUGACCACGCUGCUCCUCCCCCUUACCAGUCAAUUGAUACGGAUAAUGAGGACGAUGAUGCAAUGCCCCCGGAGUUCAGCCGCUCCAACUCUGACAGCAAGGGCUAUGGUGACCACCAGACGGAUGUCAAGCAUCCCCAAGACCUCUAA